ACGGGCAAAAAAAUAAAAAAAAGGAAACCAAAGCCUCACUUUUCAAGUGUUUCAAAAACCCUCCCUCCUUACCCCUCACCUCUCUCCUCCCCCGUCACCGGCAACAACAACAACGACGGCGGCGUUCCUCUGAAGCAAUGGAUAGAACAAGAUUCGACGGUGCCGGUAUCCGGUCAUCUCGUAAAUACACUUGUCACCGUCUCCAGGGAGCAUUGAAGCAUUUGGCCUCAAUUGAUCCAUUGGAAUUAUGUGAUGAAGCCAAAGUAGAGCACUGCCGAGCAACUAGAGAUCUAAGUAGUUGUGGGCGACACGUACAGAGUGUGUUGAAUUCAUGUGGUCAUGCCUCUUUAUGCGAGGAAUGCAGUCAGAGAUGUGAUGUUUGCCCUAUAUGUAGGAUCCCUUUACCAAAAGAUGCCAGUAGACUUCGACUACGCUUAUACUAUGAGUGCAUAGAGGCAGGUCUCAUCUCCAAGAAGUGUGAUGACAGAUUACAAGAGAAAGAGGACCGUGAUAAACGACUGGUUGCUGAUAUCGAGCGGCUUUAUGCUUUGUUUGAUGUGGCACUGGAAAACAAUCUGGUUUCUCUAAUAUGCCAUUAUGUGACAGAUGUUUGUAUGGAUGAAAAUGCUGUGUCCAGUGAUCCCAUCAUUGCUUUCUUGCUUGAUGAAGUGGUGGUCAAAGAUUGGUGCAAGAGGACGUUCAACAAUAUUUUGACUGAGAUUCAAGCGAUAUAUAAUCUAACCAUGAGUGCACUGCAAGAGAAAGUGAGUUUAUUUCUCAAGUUCUCUGUGAAGUUAGGUGGUAUCUCUAACGUUAUUGAUGUCUUGGAAUCAUCAUUCAAAGGUUCUCUUUCCGCAAAGCUUCAAGAUUUACACCACCUUCAAGAGUGCAUCUUAAAGACAAAACAGCACAUGGAGAUAAUGAUUUGGUGUAUAAGACAUGAGUUCUUGGAGAGUGUUAAGUCUAGGCAUAAAAAUUUUGCAUCUUGGCGAGCUCUGGCCCGUGAAAGGAAAUCUGCUGCAAGUAAACGUGCAUGGCCCGAUUCAGUAAAUCAUUCUGACGAAUACAAUACUUCCACACUCUUUAUUGAAGAUGCUCUUUCAAAUAUUGAAGCAGCAGAGCAGGGAGACGUAGAUGAUCAUGAAGAAGAGUUAGCACUUUAUUUGCAGAAGGAUGGGGGCUCUUUAUAUUCUCGGUCAAAAAUUGAGGGAAUGGCUGCAUGGUAUCCAUUUGAAAGUUUGCGAGCUGCUGCUGACAUUCUCUUUUUACGUGGAAGUUCAGACUUGGUGGUUGCAAAACACGCAAUUCAUCAUUGAUGAUUUUGCUGCCACUUUUGGUGUGACCAGGCACUCGCUAUUGGAAUCCUUUACAUUUUUCCUUUUAGAUGAUGAAGGAGUUCCGGCUCUGAAGGAAGCCUGUCAACUUCUCCCAGAAAUAUCAAGCCCAACAAUCCACCCAAAGGUUGCUCAGGUUCUGUUGGAGCGGGGAAACCCUGAUGCAGCUCUCAUGGUUCUGAGGUGGUCUGGACAAGAUGGCACACAGCUAAUUUCACUUCGGGAGGCUGUGACUGCUGUUCGUGUGCGGGUAGAGUGUGGACUUUUGACUGAAGCAUUCACGUAUCAGAGGCUGAUCUGUGCUAAGAUCAAGGGAAAAAAAUUGAGGAAUGAACAGUUUCAGAGUGCUUCUGCUGAAGUAGAGGACCAAUGCAGGUCGUGGGGUCUCUGGGUGGAGACUCUUGUCACAGAAAUUUGUUGUCUUUGCACUAGGAGGAACUUGGUUGACCGCAUGAUAGAACUGCCAUGGAGUGCUGAUGAGGAGAAGCAUCUUCAUAAAUGUCUGCUGGAUUUUGCUGCCGAGGAUCCUUCAUCGACAAUUGGAAGUCUUCUUGUAGUUUUCUACUUACAGCGUCAUAGAUAUGUUGAAGCAUACCAAAUUGAUCAGAAGCUUCAGAGCAUGGAGGAGAACUUCAUUUCUCAAAAUUCAGUCAGUGAAGAAGUCUUAGCGAGGAUAAGAUCAAUAAAUCAUUGGAGGACUUGUUUGGUUGACAAGGGAAUAGAGUUGUUACCAGAUACCUUACAACAACAAGUAAGGACAGGGAAGUUGCCUGAAGUGGUUGUUACAUGCAAUGACACAGUCAGCAUCUCUGAGAGGUCCAAUGCUGAAGCCCAAGAACCUGUCUUGACCAGUUUAUUGGCUAAUCCUCCCACUGAUUCUACCCUCAUUCAGCAAGUUGAUAUUGUUAAACCUUCUGUUCCUGACGCUCCAUUCGUACUUGGGGGAUCAUUAAAUCUGCCUAGCUUUAAAGUUGGGCAUUAUAGUUCUCCCAGUUCCCCAGCACACUUCUUUAACGAUGCUGGAGUAUUGAAUUCUGAAAGUAUCCUUGGGAAAAAGUUGAAAUUUGAUGAGAUUUUGACCCCUACAAGUCGUCGUCCUCCUGCUUCUGUGAUGAAAAUCACGAGGAAUUUGUCAAGGGAACCUUCUAUUAGCCGACUUCGCAAUUCUCAAACAUAUAAAGUUUCACCGGAGAAGUUUCAAAAUGGUUUUUCAAAGGAAUCUUAUAAUUUUCACCAGACUGCUGGCAACAAUGUAAUUUCUCUUAGUGGCAACAGAGGCAUAUUAAAAGAUUCACUUGAAGAUUCUUACACGAGUUAUCCCGGUAAUCAUCUACUGUCAGAUGCUGCUGAUAGAUCCCAGAUGUUACCAUUAAAUGAUUCAAUGGAUAUAACCUGGAGCAGCCAUGAAGAAAGGGGUCCUUCCACUGUACAUCCAGAAACUAAUGGUGGACCAAGGUGGAGAUCCGAUGACACAAGUGAAGAUGAGGAUCAUCUCUCACGAGAUGGAUUUGCUGAAGUUGUAUCGCCUGCACGCACGUUGAGAGGAGUAAGAAGAAGCAGGAGGAUUGCCAGGAGAUGAUACACCUUGCUGUUAUAGAAUCUGAGAAUGUGAUAACACAUGUAUCCCUUUUGCUGGACGUGGCUUUUAGUUAACAAACGAGAGUUGGGUGGCACUGAAGUUUCUUUUAUAACAUUUGGUGCUUGCGUUUCUCUUCGUGGAAAUAGUAAACUCGGGUUGAAACUGAUAUUUGAAGCUCUGCACCUCAAUUUUUUCUGUUUCAACCCUUACACUGGUAUUCAAUUGGAAUCAACGCAGUCUCAAAGAGCAGCAGAUGUCGGGGGGUAACAAUUUUUGUAUGUGAGAUGAUCGAUUUGAGGUGUGGUUGUAAAAAUAUUUAUAGUUUCCUUUUCAAGAAUUGGCAAUAUUGCUGAAACAUUUCUUUGAAAAGCAUGUAGAUAGAUGUGUAAACUGACCUUGAUAUUCUGUAUUUAGAAUCACCCUCAGCUUUUUGUUUUA